CGGCCCUGCUGGCUCCCACCCUGCUUCAUGGCGGCCGAGGAGAUGCACUGGCCUGUCCCCAUGAAGGCCAUCGGUGCCCAGAACCUGCUGACCAUGCCCGGGGGCGUGGCCAAGGCCGGCUACCUGCACAAGAAGGGCGGCACCCAGCUGCAGCUGCUCAAAUGGCCCCUGCGCUUUGUCAUCAUCCACAAGCGAUGCAUCUACUACUUCAAGACCAGCACCUCCGCCUCCCCGCAGGGUGCCUUCUCCCUCAGCGGCUACAACCGGGUGAUGCGGGCGGCCGAGGAGACCACGUCCAACAACGUCUUCCCCUUCAAGAUCAUCCACAUCAGCAAGAAGCACCGCACCUGGUUCUUCUCAGCUUCCUCAGAGGACGAGCGCAAGAGCUGGAUGGCCUUGCUGCGCAGGGAGAUCGGACACCUCCACGAGAAGAAGGACCUGCCGCUGGACGCCAGCGACUCCAGCUCGGACACAGACAGUUUCUACGGUGCCAUCGAGCGGCCUGUGGACAUCAGCCUCUCUCCAUACCCCACGGACAACGAAGACUACGAGCAGGACGAUGAGGACGACUCGUACUUGGAGCCCGACUCCCCCGAGCCCGGGAAGCCCGAGGGUAGGUGGCCAGAGGUGGGCUGGGGGUGCUUUGGGCAGAGGGCAGGGGCUGGGCGGUCACCCCCUGACGGGCAGAGUUUCAGGAGCUUCUCCUUCGAAAAGCUCAGCUUCCUCACGCAGGCUGACACCUCGCAGGCUGACACCUCGCAGGACGACCCGGGUGGGAAGGACUCUGGGAAGGACUCGGAUGAAGACUAUGAAAAGGUGCCCCUGCCCAGCUCAGUCUUCAUCAACACCACCGAGUCCUACGAGGUGGAGAGGCUGUUCAAAGCCACGAGCCCGCGGGGAGAGCCCCAGGACGGACUCUACUGCAUCCGCAACUCCUCCACCAAGUCCGGGAAGGUUUUGGUCGUGUGGGAUGAAACCUCCAACAAAGUGAGGAACUACCGCAUCUUUGAGAAGGACUCUAAAUUCUACCUGGAGGGCGAGGUCCUGUUUGUGAGCGUGGGCAGCCUGGUGGAGCACUACCACACCCACCCGCUGCCCAGCCACCAGAGCCUGCUGCUGCAGCACCCCUACGGCUACGCGGGGCCCAGGUGACGCCUGCGCCAGAGCUGCUGGCAGAGGUGACCAGGGGCCACCUCCUCAUGCCCAUGAGACUGGCUUGCCUGGGAGGAGGAGCUCUGGAAGGAAGCCUCCCCAGCAGACAUCUGUGGAAUCGGCCAGGCCAGGCCCCACCCAGCAGGCGGAGUCCCUAGAGGGCUGGAGGCUCUCGUAUCCCACCCCGCGUGCCCUGCCGCACUUCCCAGGAGCCCGGGGUCCCUGGACGAAGCCCUGCCUGCGCUUCACGGACAGGAAUUCCGGUCCCCCCAGCGCACCCACCCUGCACGGGGCAGGGGGCUGGGCAGGGCUUGGGCAUUUGGGUGGGGGCAGGGGCUGGCCCCAGGACCCCCAGGAACGCUAAGACUCGGCUCCCGCAGGGGCCUUUGCUGCACAAUAAAGCACAGGUGACCUUUG